AUGAACACCAUCAUUAUAACGGCGGACGACGCAACUGAGGCGGUCCGAAGAGCCCCGAACUGGAAAAGUCCGGGGCUCGACGGACGGCAUCACUACUGGCUGAAGGGGUUCGUGGUGUGUCACGCUGUGCUCGCCCAACAGUUUCAAGAGGCUCUCGACCAGAGGUCGCUCCCAAGCCUCUUCACUACUGGAAUCACUCAUUUGGUUCGUAAAGAACGAGAUACCACAGACCCGAGCAAACACCUCCCCAUCACGUGUCUACCCACGAUAGACAAGACACUAACAUCCAUUUUGAGCGCGAUCACUCGUCACCUGAACUCAAAUCAGGUGAUGUCGCGCCCUCAAAAUGGAUGUCGGGGUGGUGGUCGUGGAAUGAAGGAACCACUUUUCAUUGACACGGUCAUUGGCAAGGUAGUUAAGCGCAACCGUUGGAACCUCUACGCCGCCUGGAUAGACUACAAAAAGGCAUUCGACUCGGUGCCUCAUACAUGGCUGCGGAGGGUCCUCGAGCUGUACAAGGUUGACUGUACACUUAGAGACUUCCUCGGGCAGUAUAUGGGGCAGUGA